CAUUUAGCUUCCACAUAACAUAUAGUUUCAAAAGAAAGUGAGAAGUUAUGGAUGGAAUUGGUAGAAUGAAAUUUGUGUGGAUGAUGAUGAUGAUGGGAAUAUUGAGUAUAGUAGUGCAAGCUGGCCAGAACCCUCCUGCUGUGUCUCCAACUUCCAGUCUGCCUUUUUCACCGCUUCCCGAUGAUCAUCCUCAACAAGCCGAUUUUAAACUCCCUAAAUUCCCUAAAAUUCCUCAUAUUCCACUUCCACCAAAACUGCUAAUUGUAGGGAUGUGUAUUGCAGAGUGCCAGAAAAUAUGCCAGGCAGGAAGACCUGCCUUUACAUACAGGGUCUGCAUGGUAACAUAUUUGCCAAUCAAAUGUCGUCCCUCUCGUUUAGACGUCGUCUAUGAUUGCGCUCUUGGUUGUAUGGCCGCCGCAACUACCACCGCCUCUGGAAAUGAUAAAGUAGAGGGCUAUAUUGAAACCUGCUACAAAAAUUGCGGCAAGGAUUACUAGUUUGUUCUCUAUCAUAUCGAUUCUGCCUAUUGAAAAGAAAUAAACAAAAUGGUGUAUUUGUGCCAAGUAUAUAUAGAAGAAAUCAAGUGAGAUGUGUACGUGGAGUACUACUUUGUCUGCUAUAAUUUGUGUACUACAAUAUACAUUAUUGGCCAUGGCUAUUUCGGCCACUAUUAUACUUAAUUGUUGAAAAAAUAAAAUAAAAUGAUGCAUAUUUCUUAAGUA